CCUGCCUGCCUCUCCCCCAGCCCCGACCCGGAUUGGUGGCCGCUCGCAAAAGAUUGUGCGGGUUUGCCCGAUUUCCGUCCCGUUUCCGUUUGCCUCCUCCGGAGACCCAGACCCGAAAAGACCAAAAUAAAUCCCAACCUCCCCCCCACCCCCCGAGGUUGCAUCGGCUUCUUUGCAAAGUCCGCCGGCGGGAGUCGCUUUCCUUCCUCUUGCAAGCGAAGCGAUCGGAAAGCAUGGAGCGCUGCGAAGGAGAAGACCCCGAGCCGGCCGAGGCGCCCCCGGGGGCUCGCCUGUUGCUGGCUUUCAAGGGGUUCCUGAGCUCCCGCAAAGGGCUGCUGCUCCUGGCCCAGGCGACCCUCUCCUUUAUCAUCUUCAUCUGCUACAUCGCUUCGACAGCUGCGCCCUUCAUGAUGGUGCCGUUACUGACAUUUCUGGUCGCUUUGGGCUUUUUCCUUUCCUAUUCCCUGAAGCUGAAUGAGAAGUUCCGAGGCAUCUAUUGGCUUUUGGGGGAUUUUUUGUGUGGAAUUAUUGCUGCUAUUAUAUAUUUUGCCAUCUCCAUUGCUGCCGUUUCGAAAUAUACGGACACUGCCUCGAAAGCAGCGGGGGUAUUUGGGUUUAUUACCACCAUCGUCUAUUGUGUCUAUGUCUAUUUCACCUUUAAUGACCUGGCAACAUUUCUAAAACAGGAAGAUUCCUCCGACGCCCCCAAAUCACAGAAGUCAGAAAACGACUCCGAUUCAGAUUCCGACUGAUAUAACAGUAUCUUUGAUGAAUGGCAGAACCUCGAUGGAAAAUGAGGAAGACGUAAAGAGGAAAAGAAAAAGGGAAGAGAGAAAAAGCAGAAGAGAAAUGAAUGUUUUGAGUAUUUUAACCUUUUUUCAGUGAACUUGGAUAUUUUAACCUUUUUCAGUGAACAGUAAACUGCAACUGGGAUCACCAAAAUCAUGCUGGGAAUAUUAUUGUGUAUAAUUUACACAAGAAAACUUGACCUGCUGCUGUCUGAUGCUCAUUCAGCAUUGCAGUAGAUUUUUCCAGCCAAACCUUUUACGAACAGACUCCUUAUGUUAUCCGGGGUGUAUAAAGAAGUCAUUAACAUCUUGCAACAUGGAGUUUCUUCAGUAGUAGACAUAAUACCCAGAUCAAGCUUAUAAACUGUAAUAUCUCUUUCUUUCUUUUUUCUACUUAUACCAAGGUUUUUGUUCUUGACUUCAGAAGACAGUAGCUUAUUUGUUAGAACGGGGCUUGAUUUUAAAACUUAGAUUGAAUUUAAACUCAGGACAAAAUUCAGCAAUAAUGAAAAUAAAUUUAAACCCCUAAUGAAUAAAGCCAAAGUAAGAUGAUUCCUUAAAAUCAUCUCUCGUAUUCAGUAAUUACACGCCUAGACAUACCAAGCCCCACGUUAAUAGAUCAUUCCUCAAGAAAGAAAUGUGAUGAACAUGCUUCUCACAAUUUUUGUGAUUGCCUGCCUGGUAGCCACACCAGCCAAUCAAAUCUUUAUUACAGUCAUAUACCAGCAUAAGAAGGGUGAAAUAUAAAAAAUAAUUUGAUAGAUAAUAGAUGAGAGAGAGAUAACACACUUUUAAAAAUUAACUAAAAUAUUUUAUAUAUAUUUAGCUUUUUAAAACUCUGUUAACUUUAUAAAUUAUUGAUUGCAAUCUGGUCUAGGACCAUAAUAAAUAUUUGAUUCGAUUGGUUGAUUGAUAGCUCCACCAAUAAUUAUGAGGAAUCGUGAGCUAUAGAAAACUACGCAAGAUACAGUGCAUAGUUUCUCUGCGAUGUACAUGCUCCCUUGAUCCAAAACUAGAAUUACCAAAAAGAAUCUCAGGAUAAUGUGUACCAGGAAUGCAAUUCCUCCAGCUUCUGAUUUUUUUUCUUCUCCCAUAUACCAGUCCUUGCUUAAGGACUGCCCUGUUUAGUAACAGUUCUCAGUUACGACCAUGCUGAAAAAAUACCUUUACAACUGGUCCUGACAGGUGAUGACCGUGGCAGAAUCCUUUUCUGGCAAUCACAAAAACAAUCACAGUUUUUGUGAUUGCCAUUUCCGUGCUUUGCAUUAUGACCAUGGCAGUGUCCUGCAGCCAACAUAAUCAUUUGUGCCCUUCGCCACCGGCUGCUGACAAGCAGAGUCCCAUGGAGAAGCUGCCAGUCAAAGCCAAAAUCAUGGUCACUUGAAGUCUCGCUUAAUGACCUGGGGUGUCUCAAUAACCACAGCAGAAGUGAGGGCACGUAAGGCUGUUUUAGCCACGUGACGUCUCCCUUAACAACUGCAUUCCUUAGCAAGAGUUGCCAGUCCAAAUAGUAUUAACUAAACAAAGACUUACCUAUAAUGAAGGAAACUAUGAUGCAAUAUAUCAUUACACAAUAUUUAAUAUGCUUGGUACCGAUUUGUAUUAGUUUUGUAGGGCAGGGUCAGUUAUCAAGACAAAGCAAACACAUGUCUUUCCUUUUGAUAAACUCCACAGGCAGGUCCUGGCAAUAAGAGAAGGAAGGACCCAGCAGACUGGCUUCUGAACUGGGUUAUCACAACAGUUUAGCUAUGUUCCGGUUUGUGCUUCUCUGGAAUUCCCCCGAGGACCAUUUUACCGUCUUUGCUUCUUUUUAUAUAGUCAUUUGCAUGUGGUUUAAUCUGUGAUUUUUGUUUUUGUUUUUCAAUGAAAGGAAACCUAGCGUGCAUGUCAAAUGGAACAAGGAACACAUUUUGGAACUGUAGACGGAGUAAAUCUAUGUCAAUAUUUCAUUUGAAGGUGUUCACUAGCUUUUGUAUUAUUUCAAUAUCUGCACUAUCUGGAAAGAUUUCGGUAUUUCAGAUAUGAGAACAAUCAUAAUGGCCUAUUCUUAUCUUACCUUAAUAACUUUUCUGUUAAUCAUCCCCUACAGGGAAACCAUUAGUUUUUUUUUCUUGUUUGAAAUAAUCUUUGCAUUACAGAUUUCAGACAAAUUUUGGCCUGUAAUUCAGAUGCCUUAGUAACAACAGGAUUCAAAACCUGAAUAAUAUGCAAAAACGCAGAGCAAAAAUAUUUUAGAUCAGCUGAUCAAAAACAAUAUCCAAGAACAAAUGUUUGAUUAUAAAAUUUGAACUUUCCAGAAAUGGAUAGAGAAAGGGUAUGCAGUGUUUCACUGGCAAGCAUGUAACGUUAGUGUACCUGUGGAAAUCAUUGCUAAAAGAAUUGUAACAAUUAAGGCUAUGAAUUUAUUUAUCUGUUUUUUAAAUAACAUCUCUGGAAUAGAAUUUUGCCUGUACAAAUUUAAUUCCGGAAUUUGUACACUGGUACGGAUGCUUGAAUUAAGAUUAGGGCAAUCUCAGGUUAUGCCUAAAAUAACAAAUUUAAAACAGCCUUAAAUUAUAGGUAUCUAGAAGUCACUUCAGUUACAGUAUACAAAAUGAGCUCAGUUCCAUUGUAUUAACUUGCAUGAGUUAGACAGACAUGCUGCUGUUUAUAACCGGAUUGAGAAAUGGGUUUAUGAUUUGAUUAUGUGAAUCUUAUGUUAUCCGAAUUUUGUAAUCUUUUGAUAUUAUGUUAGCCCGUUUUUACUGUAAGUGUAUUUUAUAAAAAGAAAGGUACUUUU